AAAAGAAAAAAAGUGUAAAUAAAAAAAGGGGAAAACUUGAAGGUACCAAAUUUAUGAGAAACAUCACGUUAGACUGUUGAGAAGAGACCAUUUGCAAACCGCGAUUCUACAUACGCUUCUCUCCAUCUUCCUCCUUCAAUAUGUUUCCUGAAAUCUACAGAGAUGAAAGGUGUAGCAGCGGUUUAGCACCGUCCUCUUUUACUUCACAGAUGAAAAUGGCUUCAGAGUCAGACGCAGAAGGAGGAGGUCACAGUGACCCAUCAAAUUUGUGGACUUUUGGGGCCCUCAAGCCUCCCUCCAAACAAAGAAACACAGUAAUUUCCCCAAAAAAUCACUACUUGGGAGAAACUGCAAAGACUUUUAUCAGUUAGUUAUAUGGGUCCAAGAAUUCCGGGCUCGUCGUCAGUGAAUCUUUGUAAGACAACCCCCGAAUUCUUUUUUUGGUCCCUCUAUCUCUCAUGGGUUUAUAUUCACUUUUACCAUAAACAAGUUUCUGCAAGUGCUCGACUUUUUAUUGUUGCAGUGAAAGUUGAUGAUGAUGCCAGAAAUCUUCUUCAGCAAAUGGGUUCCAAGGGUCGAAGGCUGUUGGCAUUGUUUCAGAGUAACAUAAAUAUAUGUCCAAUGGUUGAAGAAGCGGAUACUGUAGGGGACAUUCACUUGAUUUAUCACUUGAUUUGUAUCUCAUAGAGGUGAUUGUGGAAAAUAACAAAUAACAAUAGCAAUUAUGUGGAGUGGUGAACGUAGAAGGAGUGCGCGAAUACUUGAACUGGAAGCAAAAAAGACUCAGAAUAAGGGCAAGGCGACAUGUGAUGCAGCCAGGGAAGUUGUUACUGAAGAUUCCGACCUGACGCAGAGAAGAAAAAAGGUUAAGAGUACACCCGUCCAGGAUCUGGUUGCAAAUACAGUUGAGUAUCAACUGAAAAAAGAGGCUGGUAAUUCGAGCAACGAAGACCAUUGUACAAAUGACGUUUCCUUGUCAUCUGGUACUGUGUUACCAGAAAGAAGGAAGCUGGAACUGCUGCUUGGUAUAUUGAAAAGGAGAGACUCACACAAUCUAUUUGCAGAGGCUGUAAAUCCAGAAGAGGUUAAAGACUACUAUGAUAUCAUUAAAGAGCCAAUGGAUUUCAGCACGAUUUCAGCAAAACUCAAUGGACAAAGCUACAGAACAUUUGAAGAAUUCGAGCAUGAUGUGUUUUUGGUAUGGAACAACGCAAUGCAUUUCAACUUGUCAACAACCACCUAUUAUAGACAGGCUUGUGCUAUAAGAGACCUAGCAGAGCGGUUGUUUGAUGCUUUGAAAAAUGACCCUGAGAACUUUGAAAGUAGCCAUUCCAUGACAAGACUGCGAACCAGUAAGAGGGCUAAGACUGAAGUGAACAUUCGUAAUAGUUCUCACAGGUCAACAAAUGGGAUGGCUUCAAAGGGCUGUAGAGGUGAAAGAAGUUCUGAGCAUUCUGAAGUAGAUCAACAUGAAACCUACAGGCCUCUGAAUACACUCCCCACUGCGAAUGAGUCAAUCGAGUCUACAGUCUAUUGCAGCUCAAAACAACUUGUGCAGACUAAGCAGAAUAGUAUUGGAUACCAAGAAAGCUUGAUGCAGUUUGUUGGGCCAACAGCUCAAAUGGUUGCUGAGCACAAUUCCACAAAAGGUGCUGAAGAUCUUAAUCCUCACAAUGCAACUUCCAACUCUCGGUGCCGAGCUCCAUGUCAAAUUCUUAAUGUUGCAUCAUCUCAAAUGGUUGGGCCAACAGCUCAAAUGGUUGCCGAGCACAAUUCGGGAAAAGGGGCUGAAGAUCUUAAUCCUCAUAAUGUGACUUCAAACUUUCAGCAUCGAGCUCUAGGUCAAAUGCUUAACAUGGCAUCACCUCAAAUGGUUGGGCCAACAGCUCAAAUGGUUUCUGAGAAGAAUUCAGACUUGAUUUGGCAGCAGUUCAAAAACAUUACCGAUCUUCAAACUGAAGAUCUUAAUCCUGAUAAUGCAACUUCAAACUUCCAGUGUCGAGCUUUAGGCCAAAUUCCUAAUGUGGCAUCAAUUAUUUCUUACCCCACCAAUCCCUUAUCUGGGAGUUCCUCCUCUAUGAACUCCUUAUUUGGAGAUGGUAAAGGCAAGAAUGUGUUGAUAGCUGAUGUGCAUGCCUCCGAUCUACGGGGGGAAAUUGAGAAGAUUCAUGGUCCAUGGCCAUUUUGGUCUGCAGCGCGGCUUCCCCAGUUUGUUUCUGGACCAAGUCAGAGUCCAGCCCUGGGCCCAAGUUAUCUUGGAGGUGGAGCACAUCAGUUUCAACCAGUGGCUGGGAGAGGAAGCACACACUAUGGAAUCAAUGUCGAGCAGGCAAGUCAAGGUUUGAAUUUGUUUAGGCCAACAGAGUUAGGGCCACAGCAACCUUUCUUCAACAAGCUAUUUGAGCAGCAGAGUCAGAAUACGUCAACCUCUGGAACCAGCAGAAGUGCUAUAGAGUUAUCAGACAUAGAUGAAUGGUUAAGUGUUGGUCGUCGUCGAGAUGGAUCAUCAAACACCCGAGCUCCUCCAGCAAGCUCUCAGGAGCAAGCUGCCACUGCGGGAACCGAUUACUUCCCAUGGACUCUUCGCCUCUGAGGCAGGCUUUAUGGGUACUUUACCUGAAUAAACAUGUUUUCCGUAGUAUCAUAUGUUUCUUUCCUCAGAACAUGAGACCUUAUUGCUAUCCUUUGCUUUUAUAAACUAAUGGUGUGAUGAAGUUGCUUUUGUUUUUGGUUUUUCCUAUAAAAUCCAUGCCCUGCUGCUUCCAAUUGUGAACUUUUGAUUGAUAAUAUUGUCUUGACUGA